UGUUGAUAGACCUCCUAUUCUUAAUACUGAGGUCUGAAAGUUGCGGCUAUUGUAAAAUGAAGGUCAAAUUGAAAAAGAAAAGUGCGAAAAAUGAGGAAGAAAACGAGGAAAUGUAUGUCAGAUUAGGAGAUGUACCUCUGGACAUAUUACGGUAUAAUAUAUCGAUGCAAUCAGGAGUGGAACGAAAGGAAACUCGCAAAUCCCUACUUCUCAAAAUGGGCGCUAAGAAACCGAAAAACCCAUACAUUAAUUACAAAGAACUCAUGCAGAAUAAGGCAAAGGCUAAGGCCGAGGCUGAAGCGUUUGCUUUCGAUCGCAGUGCUAGUUUCGUCAACAAAAAGCUCCCUUUAAAGCAGGCAAAAAAGAAACGGAAAAACCAACAGAAAGACAGACCAAGAAAAAAAAUGUUCAAAGUUGAGCAACGGUGACGAUUUCUAGAAUAAUCUGGAUAAACGGACUGACAUUUUAUAACCUUCUCAGAGAACAAAACUCCAUCAAAAUCAUCCACCUGAGCUACAAAUCAUCUCCACCAUCUCACAACUCAUUCAAAUAUUAAAUUUCCCUAAGUCGUAUAUACGGAAAUACAUACAAGUAAGUCUCUACAGAACCGUCUUGACCUAAAUAACAUGAUAUUAUUAUGAUCAGAUCUUUUGAUAGUACCAAAAAUAUUCUACAUUAUUUCCUUCUUACUAUUUAAGUUUGUAUUAAUUUAAUUUGGUGAUUUAUUUUCUGAAGAAGCAACUUAUACUAAGUUGAGAAACACCAGAAAUUCAGUUUUCUACUAAUUGAGAUUUUACAAAAAUUUCAUUAAUUCUGUUAUUUGUCAUAAGUUUUAUGUUUUAUUUGAAAUUAAUCCUUAAAUCGUUUCGAUAAUGGUUAUGUAUCAUCUAUUCAUGAAGGAUAAACACAUCGCUUAUAAGUCAAAAGGUUUGUUUUGAAUAUUUUCAAAUUUUCAUUCAAACAAAUCACUGAUAAUUGCAUAACAAUAAACUUUUAGUAAGUGAAUAUUUUGUUAAAAGUAAGCGACUGAGUGUUUGCUAAGUUGAUUGAAUUGAGUUCAGUGAUUCUGUCAACAUGGUUUAAACACUGCACAUUUAUCUGGUAUUCGAAUUACUUACAUAAUACAACAUUUGGAAGGAUAUUCAAACAAAUUUAUUGUUGUUGAAUUACCUUAGUAAUUGUACAGAUGGUUAAUUUUACUUUAAAACAUGUUUGUUUGAAGUUGUUGUCAUUAAACUUGAUGAACUGCCCCUACUUCAUGUAAAGUUGCAGAGAUAGGACAGGAUAGACGAUUUCAGACUGAACAUUGAAAGGAAACUCGUUUAAUUAAAUAGUUGGUGACUACACAUUGUCGAUAAACUAAUAGUUAAAGUAAACUAUAAUGGUUUGGUUAAAGAUAUCACUCAUAAAUAUUAUGUGGGAACUUGAAAUCGACGACUUGAAUGCCUCCUCAUAGAUUGUGUUGAAUAAACAAAACCCAUCGUAUAUUACAUGCUUGAAGUUGGUUGAUGCAAAUUGGAAAGUUUGAAAAACUCAUCAUUCAAAAAAAUUAUAUAUAUGAUGAGAUUUGUCAAUGAUUGAUGGUGAUGGCAACACUUAUAUCGAAGGUCAUCAUUAUUAUUGAACAUUAAUCCUAAUUUCUUAAGUUAUUGAUUUAUGUAGAUGUUUGACAGCUCAAUGGAUAACGCGUUGGGAGCUUGAAGCGAAAGUGACUGGGUUCAAAUCUCAGCGUGAACAUCAGCAUACCAAGAUAUCCAUCCAACGAGUCUCAAACAGAACAAAAUGCUCGUUCUGUAUUGCACUGCUAGCCAUUACCAAUAUAUUCUAAAUUAUCUAAACUAAAUUUUCAUUACAAUUUUGGUAAGGAGAAUACACCUAAUCAAGUAACUAUACAUUGAUUCAAACUGAUAACCAAAAUCCACCUGUUCUAAAUAACUCGUGACAUAGUGGCGCUAUCGAGGCAAUCGACAUAAGAUGUACAUGUAUCAACAAAGACUGAUCGAAAUUCAGUUUCCGGACAACCGAAACCCUUCCUAAUAAUGAUGUAAUUUUGAUGCAUUUUAUUACUCCUUCUUCACUUAAAAUCUGACAUUUUAAGCAUUU